CGACGACAAUGCAGACCCCAGUGCUCACCGUCUCGAUGAUGAUGCUGAUGACGACGCUGACUUGCCUGGUGGUAGGGGCGCUGGCGGCCAGAGCACGCAGGGAUGACGACGACGCCUACUCCACCAAGUACGACAACGUCGACCUGAAGGAGAUACUCGGCAGCGACCGCCUGCUCAAGGGCUACAUGGACUGCGUGAUGGGUGCCGGGCCCUGCACCGCCGACGCCAAGAUGCUCAAAGAGGCCAUCCCGGAGUCUCUGGAGAACGAGUGCAAGAAGUGCAACGACAAGCAGAAGGCCGGGGUGGAGACCGUCAUCCCGUUCCUCAUGAAGGAGAAGCCAGAGAUGUGGCAGCAGGCGAAGGCCGAGUUCGACCCCGAGAACAAGUACCAGAAGCGCUACGAACACUUGAUGAAGAAGUACGAGGAGAAGAAUCUCGAUCCCCGUCUCUCUAUCUCUUCACUUUUAUUUUCUCCGCUUCCCCUCGAAGGCAUCGACGAGUGUAUAAAAGCACGCACGGCGGAGCUCGCCGGCCAGAGUUCGCUUACGACCAGCUCAAGAGGAACGGACCAUAGAGACAUGCAGUUCAUCGCGGUGGUAGCGGCGCUUUGCCUUACGGCAGUGGUGUCGACUCCCGCCAGGGAGCGUCGCGAGGACACGUACAACCCGCAGUACGACAACAUCAACCUGCAGGAUAUCAUGAAGAGCGAGAGGCUGCUCAAGAGCUACGCGGACUGCCUGCUGGAACAGGGCCAAUGCACGCCGGACGGCAAGCAGCUCAAAGAUUCCAUCCCGGAUGCUCUGCAGAACGAGUGCUCCAAGUGCACAGAGAAGCAGAAGGAGGGCGUAAAGACCAUUCUCGUGUUCCUGAUCAACGAGCGGCCCGAAAUCUUUGCCGAGCUCAAGAAGAAGUACGACCCAGACUCCACCUACGAGAAGAAGUACGAUCACUACAUCAAGGAGGCUAAGGCGGCGAAGAAAGGAUAAAAAAAUGGUACAGCUCCGUGUACGAAAGCCAUUUAUGAACCGAGUUGGUGAUUUAUCUCUGGAAGCAUGGACAUAGAGUCUAACACCACCCUCCCCCAAGAAUCAAGAAGCCUCUCACCGAGGGGGUCCGCUUGAGAUUGCAAAAUCUUUUUGUAUAUAAGCUAGCAUAUGGUCAGUAUAUAAGCACCCUAUCCAGAGAGGACUUGUGUUGGUUAAAACCCAUUUGCAAAACUCUCGGGCCACAUGAAUCCCUUUGCCCCCCUUCCCCCCGUGCGAAUUUUCGAAGCGCCCCUUGCAAUCCUACAGAUCUCUCUCCCCCCCCCCCCCCCCCCUCGGACCAAGCUGUAAGUAUAUCAAUGCAGUCGAUAUUGUAUAAUCUGUCGUGGCCAGAGUCACUAAAGUGCUUAUUGUGGGACCCUGGGCUUCAUAUUUUGGAGAGGGGGUAUUUAAUAGCCCCCCCCCCCCUUUUCAAGAGAAUGGUAAGGAUUUUUUUUUGGGGGGGGGGGGGGCAGAGGGGUUAGCCUUUUCCCCAGAUAAUUGGAAAAAAUAAUCUAUUCAAACCAAUGUUUUUAAAACCAACCUAGAAUUUAAAUUUCGACAAUGAUUUUGCUUAAUAAAUUUUGUUAAAUACUAACGGUCAAUAUUGGUGAGCUCGCAUCAUUUUAUGAUGCUAUUAAAUCUUUGAAAGUUUAUUUUAAUACAAACUCGUGUAAACUGAAUAAAAAUCGCAAUGCAUCGACCAGCACUUUGAAUUACUUAGUAGUAACCAUUUUAGCAUUCCUUUUCACAUUAAUGUUCAGUGCCCCGACUUGUCCGGCGUGCAUUUGUCGUGGAUAUCUUCGAGGGUCGACGAACAACUGUUGUCGAUUUCCCUUGCAGAUAACUGUAACAAAAGCAUGAUGUAACAUCGGCGAUGCCUUCACUUCUACGAACGUGAGUCCCAAACCCCAAAAAUAUCCAAGCAGUAGUUACAUGAACACCAGUGAAAAUUUCACCCAGGCUCCUACCUUAUGGCAAACAGAAGCAAUGGUGCUUGGUGAUUCAACCACCAGUCACUUGAGUGGAGUUACGCCUUUAAUGCAGUACGGGGACACAAACGUAAAAGUUCUAGUGACCAAGAAUCGAGAUUAUAGCUGAAUGUUAUCGGGGUUUCAAACAUGGACGUCGUCGUAAUUACAGGUUCCCGUGGCCAGGUAGACUGGAUAGGAGAGAGUUGAAAUUGAGGGCUGGUCGUCACCUAUUGUUUUGCAGUGUCAUCACCUGGGUUUCGGGAAGGAGUAGGGAGAGAGUGAGGUUACUGUUUUGUGAACUGGAGAGACCGGAGUGCUUCGAGAGAACCACACUUGGCCAUCGCCAACGUUCGCCACAUUUCUCACGUCAGUGAAUGGACACGUCGGUGGCACACCAAGCCCGUUUGAUCCCCCCAGCCACCGCUACACCGCACUUCAUCGCGUCAUGCGCACAGCUGUAAAGUACUUUCUGUAUUCUCUCCCCCCCUUAAACCUUCCUAAUGAACGUGUUACUAUAACUUUAUUUGGCUCUAUUGGACAGCCAUGUAUUAAGCACUAAAGGAAGCUAAAAGUUCCUUAUUUCUGUAAAAAAAUAAACUGUUUACUAAAUUGUUUUCACGAUAAAUCACCAACUCUACAACAAUUCUUGCCUGUAACUUGUUAUUUUGCUUCAGACUGAUGUAUAAAGUGUACUAAGCUAAUAAAGAACAUAUUUGUUGAAA